AUGAGGCCCAAAGCUAAUCAAACCCUGAACUUGAAGCUCCUCAUUCUGGGGCUUCUGGUUUCUGUUUUGCUCAUCUUUUUGCUGAGAUCAAACUUCUCUUCUUCAAACCAAGACCUGUCUAAUCCAAGUUCUUCACAUACAGCAGUAGCCAUGGAUUCUUCAAAUGGUGAGAAAGAGAAGAGUACUGAGACAAGAGAUUGUCCACUUGUUUGCAACAAGAUCCCAGCUUCUCUAGCUCAAGCUCUGAUCCAUUACUCAACCACAACCAUAACCCCACAACACACGCUGAAAGAGAUAUCAGUGACAGCAAGAGUUUUGGAGAAGAGAUCUCCAUGCAAUUUCUUAGUCAUUGGCUUAGGCCAUGACAGCCUCAUGUGGAGUUCUCUCAACUAUGGUGGCAGAGGUCGAGUCCUACUUGAUUUAAUACCUCCCCCUCCUAAAAAUAUGGAGGACUUUUGA